AUGACGUCAGGGGCCCAGUGCCCCAGCCUGUCACCCGAGUCCACGCUCAGGGCGGACCCGUCAGGGGAUGAAGUAACACUCCUGUGUCUGUCCCCGUCCAGGUGCAAGUUCUUCAGUCUGACUGAAACACCGGAGGACUACACCAUCAUCGUGGACGAGGAGGGCUUCCUGGAGCUCCCCUCCUCGGAGCACCUGAGCGUGGCGGACGCCACCUGGCUGGCCCUCAACGUGGUGUCUGGGGGCGGCAGCUUCUCCAGCUCGCAGCCCAUUGGGGUGACCAAGAUCGCCAAGUCCGUCAUCGCCCCACUGGCCGACCAGAACAUCUCCGUGUUCAUGUUGUCCACCUACCAGACGGAUUUCAUCCUGGUGCGUGAACGGGACCUGCCGUUCGUGACCCACACCUUGUCGUCUGAGUUCACCAUCCUGCGGGUCGUCAAUGGGGAGCCGGUGGCAGCCGACGACCUCGGCAUCACCAACGGCUUCGUGAAGCCCAAGCUGGUCCAGAGGCCAGUCAUCCACCCGCUGUCCAGCCCGAGCAACAGAUUCUGUGUCACCAGCCUGGACCCUGAUACGCUCCCUGCAGUCGCCACACUCCUCAUGGAUGUCAUGUUCUACUCCAACGGAGUGAAGGACCCCAUGGCCUCUGCCGGCGAUGACUGUGGUCACAUCCGCUUCUUCUCCUUCUCCCUCAUUGAGGGCUACAUCUCCCUGGUGAUGGACGUGCAGACCCAGCAGAGGUUUCCCAGUAACCUGCUGUUCACGAGCGCAUCUGGAGAGCUCUGGAAGAUGGUGCGGAUCGGAGGCCAGCCCCUGGGAUUCGACGAGUGCGGCAUCGUGGCCCAGAUCUCGGAGCCCUUGGCUGCCGCAGACAUUCCCGCCUACUACAUUAGCACGUUCAAGUUCGACCACGCACUGGUUCCAGAAGAAAACAUCAAUGGUGUCGUCAGUGCCCUGAAAGUCAGUCAAGCCGAGAAGCAUUAGGGCUGGGCGUCCCCCCAGCCCCAGGCCCCAACCCCACCCUGAAGAUUGUUCUUGCAGUAUUUCUCCACAGACUGGAAAUCGCACCCGAGACCCU